AACAUUGAUUCAACCAGUGUGUGCCCAGUGGGUCAAGUCUGUUUUGUUUACCUCGAUCUUCUCUGCACGUGAGUAGGGAGGGAGUGCUGGCGGAUUAGCGUGCUCUGAUCAUCACAGUCUACGUGCUACCAUAACAACAGUGAAUGAAGAAAGGCAGUUUAGAAUACAGUUUUCUCCUCAUUGCCCGUGUUUGUCAGUGUGAGAAUCUCUCUCUCUGAAUUUAAAUCAUCCUUCGGCCACUAACCAUGUCUCUGUCCGGUUCGCAGACUCCAGAGGACGGCUUGUACGACUCUUGGGUGGAGCUGGAGGAGCUGCUAUCAGCGGUGAGCAGCAGGGCGAGUCUGACAGGACAAGAACAGGACACAGCCUCCUGGGCCCUGCAGGGGGAGCUACAGAGGAUCCUGCUAGAGGCACAGCUCGAGAGUAAAGACAGUCCUCCACAGGUGGUGACUCCUCCACAGACUGUUGCUUCCCCUCCCCACAGUGAAGGCAGCAGCAGUACAGACUGUGUUACCAUACAGGUACAGUCCGAAGAAGAAGGGGAGAGGGGGCUGAUUUCUGAGUGGGUAUGGGACUGGUCCAGUCGGCCUGAGAACGUUCCACCAAAGGAGUUUGUGUUCCAGCACCCGAAGCAGCAGUCAGGCUCCCUGAGUGUAAGGAAGAGUGAGGUGAUGAAGAGAGGCCUGUUCUCCUCCGACGUCCUCAUGAUCCUCAUCCCCUCACUGCUGGUCUCACACCUUCUCACACUGGGAGUGGGGAUAUACAUAGGGAAGCGAUUGGCUGCCUCCACAACUAGCACUCUGUGAUAUAUGCUUCAGGGUAGCGCUCCCAUUUGUUGACGGCAGACCAAUAGGAAUGGCAGCCCUUCCCACAACACACCCGUUGCCCCCCUCUCUCGCUGUCAUGGGGCAACAUAGGACCAGGCCUUUCUUUACCACUGUCUCUCUGUCUGUCUCAAUAUGUCUGUCUGUCCACCACCCACCAGCACGUUGUGUGUCUGUCCAUCAGUCAGUCACCCAGCAUCUCUGAAUCUGUGAUUGUCCCAGGGCCAGAGAGAGUGUGAGUGUGAGUGUGAGUGUGUGUGUGUGUGUGCGUGUGUCAGGGCCGUGUCAGGGCCGGAGAGGGCCGGAGAGGCCGUGUCAGGGCCGUGUCAGGGCCGGAGAGAGACUGCUAUACAGACAUUGUGUCAAUAACUCAGACUGAGAUCACUAUUACUUUAACAGCAGAGUAACACUGAUCUCAGUUAACUAACAGAGAGAAACGAGUGAUGAGAUGGAGAGAGAAAAGGGAGAGAGAAAAAAAGAGAGUAACUCCUCACUAAAUCCCCAUGGAAGGUAUGAGCAGGGCGUUGAAGAAAUAGGGUAUAUAGUCCAAUGCUUAACCAAAUUUAAACCAAAAUCGAAUUCUGGUGAAAGAAAGUCCCCAACAGUAUAUCUUUAUUUGACUCUGGUCACCAAUAAUUUGUGUCAGAAAUAACAGUUCUGUGAUAAGCCUGGGUGGUUUGUAUAACGUUGAGGAAUGGUUUGUAUAACGUUCUAAGUGGUUUAUGACAACACAAGUGGCGCUGGUUGUUUUUGUUGUCCUAUAUAACCAUCUGACUGUUUAAACUGUUUGAAGGACCAUAAGCCCAUUAAACUUCAUUCCUCAUACAGCUC